CCUCUCUGGAUCCUUAAGCAGGCGUCUGUCUGUCUGUCGUUCUUUCUAUCAUUCUAUCUAUCUAUCUAUCUAUCUAUCUAUAUAUCAUUCUAUCUAUCUGUCUGUCUGUCGUUCUAUCUAUCUAUCUAUCAUUCUGUCUGUCUGUCUUUAUCUGUCCAUCUAUCUAUCUAUCUAUCUCUCGUUCUCUCGUUCUGUCUGUCUGUCCGUCAUUCUAUCUAUCUAUCUAUCUAUCUAUCUAUCUCUCGUUCUCUCGUUCUGUCUGUCUGUCCGUCGUUCUAUCUAUCGUUCUAUCUAUCAUUCUGUCUGUCUGUCGUUCUAUCUAUCGUUCUGUCUGUUUGUCUGUCUGUCGUUCUAUCGUUCUAUCUGUCUGUCUUGUCUAUCUAUCUAUCGUUCUGUCUGUCCAUCUAUCUAGUCUGUCUGUCUUGUCUAUCUAUAUCUGUCGUUCUAUCUAUCGUUCUAUCUAUCCAUCUGUCUGUCCGUCGUUCUAUCUAUCUGUCUAUCUUGUCUGUCUAUCUAUCUAUCGAUCGUUCUGUCUGUCCAUCUGUCUGUCCGUCGUUCUAUCUAUCUGUCGUUCUGUCUCUCUUGUCGUUCUUUCUGUCUGUCAUUAUCCAUCCGUCCAUCCAUCCGUCCAUCCAUCCAUCCAUCCAUCCAUCCAUCACUCAAAGGUUUCAGGUUUGCUGUCUUUUGUAAUAGUUUUUUGCUGCAUCCUUCAACAACAACCAAGCACUGAAUCUUCACAGAUUCAUAAAAUAGUUUUCAUUGCUGAACUGUGUUGCUCAAACUGUUCAGAGCAUUUGAAAUGAUCAUCACAGGCUUUGACAGUUGUAAACUUGCUGCAGUUUAUUUUAAACUCUGUCAUGCUUCAUGAAGAGCACUGAGCUUCAGUCACACAUCAAACAAACUCACGAUAUUCCUGCAACAAAACUCUUCUUGAUUGUGCAUUGUAGUCACAUGAUGUCUAGAUUUACAGUAUGUACCAAAUAAAUAUUUAGUAUUAUUUAUAUAAUGUUGUAGUAUUUAGUAAUGUUUUGAAUUAGCUUUUAUUUUAUUUUCAUUUUAGUUUUUGUGCUUUUAUUUUUCUCAGCCUAGACUUGAAUUUUUUUAUUUCAGUUUUAGUAAAUUUAGUACUUGUUUUGAGUUAGUUGCUAAGGCAUAAUUUCUGGUUUUAGGUUUCAAGAUUAUUUGUUCAUCUAAUAUUUAUAUUUUUGUUUUAUUUCAGUUAACACAAAUGCUCUUAGUAGUUUUAGCUAACAAUAACAACUCUGAUCUUCAGUUCUCUCCUGACGUUCUGAUUUUCUUUCACAGUUCAGUGUGUGAUACAGUUCUCCCACAGUCAUGAAAAACCCAGAAAUAUCAGCAAAACCAGUUUGGAAAAGUCAGUGAAUGUGUUUUUUCUUGUUAAGCUCAGCUAAAUGGGUGGAAAUUGCAGUUUCUUGUGUGAUUUUUAAAAAUUCUUCUCCACAAAUAACUGGAGAUCAUUGGUGAUCUCCAACCUUGUUGAUCUCCUGAGUUUGGGAAGCUUCCAAGAUCAAUCCACAGAUCUUCUCCUUUCUUGGAACUUUGCCUUUUAUGCAAAUGAAGCCUCAAAGCAUCAUCCUUAAAUGUGUCAUACCAGGAAGUGAGUGCCGGCAUUCAGUUCUGCAGAGAGAGUGAGAGAGAUACAGAGACUGAUCCGGAGCUGCUCAGGUCAACCAGCAGACUGUGUGGUAGGGAGAAUGGCGACCUCACUGACCUCCAGAGGUCAAACGCUUCAUCGCUGAAAGAACGCGUCCCCCCUCUCUCUGCUGAGCUGAUACAACCUUUCAAUGUCAUUGCUCGGGGCUGCUGUUCUCAAGGUACGCUUCAGUCUCUGCACUGCUGCCGAGCAUUGGCUGGCUUUGGUUACACGUCAGCGCCAGGGAUAACAAGAUAAUUACAGGCCAAAUCUGAUCCGGUGAAUGACAUGGACCGGAAUGAGCUCUCGCCCGGUUCGGAUGUUGCCGCGAUGAAGAAAGCGGCCCAUAAGAGCGCGCCCGCGUACCACUGCGCCGGGAACAGCACCGCCAAGAGUUGCCUGGAGUCCAACUCUGAUGCCGCCGGGUCGAACCCGAAACCCAAUCACGUCGCCAUAGAAGAGACGGACGACGGGGAGGAGGAAUCCAAGUUUCAGCAUCCGCGGCUGAGGAGAGCAGGAGGAGGGAGCAGCGCCCAGAUUAAGAGCUACGCACCGGGAGGGGGAGGAGGAGGAGGAGCAGGCGCGUCCAGGAGGAGCUCCACUUCCACUGAUGCGCGCCCGACUGAUGCUGCUGCUACUGCUGCUCCUGCGGGUCGCCACGACACCGUUAAGGGCGGAGGAGGAAGAGGCAAAGCGUCUACCGUAGUGGCCACCGUGACGGUAGAGGCUUGUAAUGCUGCCGAAGGUGACGGCAAUCCCACAGCACCGCUUUCCAGCAUGAAAUGCAACAAGAACGGGGAGUGCAGGCGGGACUCCGGCACCGGGAGCCUCCGGUCCAUCAUGUCCAAGACGGACGGGUGUAAGCGGACAGCCUGCAAUUCAACGACCAGCGUGGAUGGAACCAGCACGCAGGGGCAAGACGCCUCGAACCCCGGGGUCCCGGAGAAGAAGGAUUCCAAAGUGUCCUUUUCCAACACCCCCAGCAGGAAAGCCUCGUCCUCCAUCCACGGCGCACAGCAGCCCCGGAACUCGGUGACGUUCCUCAAAUCCGAGGAUGGAGCUCAGGAGGACAGCGAGACCCGGGGCAGCCAGGCGAGCUUCAUGCAGCGGCAGUUCAGCAGCAUGCUGCAGCCCGGGGUCAAUAAAUUCUCCUUGCGCAUGUACGGGAGCCAGAAGGCGGUGGAGAAGGAGCAGGAGCGCGUGAAAUCGGCGGGCAACUGGAUCAUUCACCCCUACAGCGACUUCAGGUUCUACUGGGAUUUCACCAUGCUUCUCUUCAUGGUGGGCAACCUGAUCAUUAUUCCUGUCGGCAUCACCUUCUUCAAAGAAGAGACCACCACCCCGUGGAUCAUCUUCAACGUGAUCUCCGACACCUUCUUCCUGAUGGACCUGGUGCUGAACUUCCGCACGGGCAUCAUUAUUGAGGACAAUUCUGACAUCAUCCUGGACCCCAAGACCAUCAAGAAGAAGUACCUGAAGACCUGGUUUGUGGUGGACUUUGUCUCUUCCAUUCCGGUGGAUUAUAUCUUCCUGAUCGUGGAGAAGGGCAUAGACUCGGAGGUGUACAAGACGGCGCGAGCACUGAGGAUUGUGCGUUUCACUAAAAUCCUGAGCUUGCUGAGGCUGCUGCGUCUCUCUCGGCUUAUCCGCUACAUUCACCAGUGGGAAGAGAUCUUCCACAUGACGUAUGACCUGGCGAGCGCGGUGAUGCGGAUUAUUAACCUGAUAGCGAUGAUGCUGUUGCUGUGUCACUGGGACGGCUGCCUGCAGUUUCUGGUGCCCAUGCUGCAAGACUUCCCAUCCGACUGCUGGGUCUCCCUCAACAAGAUGGUGAAUGACACGUGGAGUGAGCUGUACUCGUUUGCUGUGUUUAAAGCAAUGAGUCACAUGUUGUGUAUUGGUUACGGUCGUCAAGCUCCGGAAAGUCUCUCUGAUAUCUGGCUGACGAUGCUCAGCAUGAUUGUUGGUGCCACCUGCUAUGCUGUCUUCAUCGGACAUGCAACGGCCCUCAUCCAAUCACUGGACUCCUCACGACGCCAGUACCAGGAAAAGUACAAACAAGUGGAGCAGUACAUGUCCUUCCACAAACUUCCGGCAGAUUUCCGACAGAAAAUCCAUGAUUACUAUGAGCACCGUUACCAAGGCAAGAUGUUUGAUGAAGAAAGCAUCCUAGAGGAACUGAACGAGCCGCUCAGAGAGGAAAUCGUGAACUUCAACUGCCGUAAGCUGGUGGCCUCUAUGCCCCUGUUCGCCAACGCCGAACCCAACUUUGUGACAGCCAUGCUGACGAAGCUCCGUUUCGAGGUCUUCCAACCAGCCGAUUAUAUCAUCCGUGAGGGAACCAUCGGCAAGAAGAUGUACUUCAUUCAGCACGGCGUCGUGAACGUGAUUACUAAAGGAACUGUUGGGUUGAAACUUUCUGACGGCUCCUACUUCGGAGAGAUCUGUCUGCUGACGCGGGGUCGUCGUACAGCGAGCGUACGAGCGGAGACCUACUGUCGCCUGUAUUCUCUCUCCGUGGACAAUUUUAAUGAGGUAUUGGAGGAGUAUCCCAUGAUGAGAAGGGCCUUUGAAACCGUGGCCAUCGACCGACUGGACCGCUUGGGAAAAAAGAAUUCCAUCCUAAUGAACAAAGUGCAGCAUGACUUAAACUCCGGAACCUUAAACAACCGCGAGAACGAGAUGAUCCAAGAGAUCGUGAAGUACGACCGAGAGAUGGUGAAGCUGAUCGAUCUACAGCGUCCACGUGCCAUGUCCAUGACGCCCUCCAUCCCUGGCGGGAUGUUUGCUCCGCCUGGCCAAUCGCAGGGCACCUCUGCCAUCGCUACUCUACAGCAAGCAGUAGCGAUGAGCUUCUGUCCGCAGUUCGGUGGCCCUAUGGUCGGUCCAAGUACCAUGCAGUCACCAAGGAUGGUCCGACGGUUCCAGGUGGUGCAAAGCCUUGCCAGCCCGGUUUCAGUUUCUCCUCAGCAGUCUCUGCCACCGCUUGGCACGUUCGCCGCUGUCGCUAUGGCCAGUCCGCCAGUGCAAAGUCCGCUAGCAGCGGCAGGUGGACGAACUUUCCAGUACGGGAGUGGCCCGAUGGGUGCGCGCUCUGGAUCUCAAUUGUCGCUCAUCCAACAGCAUGUUCCCAGUCCCACACGGCCCAAGGGAUCCCAACCGUUGCACCAAACGGGCAGCUUGACCCAGGACGACAGAGCCCUGUCGGCUUCGCAACCCUCCCUGCCACAAGAUGGCGCUCCACCCGUUGCGCCCAGCCCGCCACCAUCGACCCACGUUUCCUCGACAUCGAUUGGCCCACCUCAAGCACCCCAUCCUGCCGUCCCGGGGCCUUCCGGUGUCCGGAGCGCAUUGCCUCAGAGAAUGGCACUGCCACACCAGGCGUCCGCAGCCGCGGCUGGGAAUUACCCGUCCACACCGCCCCCUACAGGCACUCCGCCUGGCGUAACGGGACCGGACUCGGCUAUACGCAAGAAAGAUUCCAUAGUCAGCCUACCCGAGACGGACUUCACAGCCAGAUCCCGGCUCUCGUCCAACCUCUGACGAGAACUCUGAUACUGUUUGCAAUACUUUUUGUGAGUCACAGUUCGUUCUUUUUGCUCGAGUACCGCGCUCGUAGGAUGGCUUUUCAUAGGAACCAAAGGGAGGGCAUCAGACAGACUUAAGGUGCGGUCACAUUUACCAUUGCUCGGUGAAAUUUCAAGGGCGAAAUUUACAUUUAUGCAUUUAGCAGAUGCUUUUAUCCAAAGCAAAGAAACAAAAGCAAUUUGUCAAUGUUCGUAAUAUACAAUACCAGGUUUAUUUGACAAGCUAGAGAAGAGGAGAAAUGCAGAGAAGAGAAGUGCAUUGGUUUGAGGUUAUGGGGUGGUUAAGUGAUUGCAGAUGUGUCUUCAGCUGCUUAUUGAAAGAUGAUGGUCUCAUCGGUUCAGGUGUAGGUUGGCAGCUCAUUUCACCGGAGAGGAACAGAGAGGGUGAAGGUUCUGGAAAUACCAAUAGGAAUCCCCAUGCAGAUUUGACUCAUUUUUAAGUUGGCCACUUGAAUUCACCAUACUGACCAACAGAAAUCUGCUUGGUUUGAAAGUGAGUUCUGUGUGAGUUGUGCUUUAUUUUGCCCAUGACAUUUCACUGAAAUAUCACUAAUGUGACCGCACCUUUUCCACUACUAGAUUUAACGUCUAGAUUCACAAGGUCGGAUGCCUCGACUCCACCCGCUAGUGUAGCUAGUGCCGCCCCUGUACAGCUUCUGAUGCCUCUUAAUAUAUUUGUCUUUAUCGUCCCGAGUGAAAGGGAGAAAUCCUGUCGUGUGUUACAUGAUGUUUUCCGUAGAGUUCAUACAAUGCAAUCGGGCGACUAGAAAAUCAGGGACUUGCAAGAGAUGACAAUGAUGCUUUGCGAACGCGUUUUGGAACGUCUCCAUUCUUUCUGUAUAAGCUGUACUUGUAGCAAUCUAAUUAACUGUCUUUCACUUUGUUGUAAAAUAUCAAUGAAAAAAAAGUGUAAUGGACCGCUGGUCGAUCUUAUAUCUUAAUGUAAAUAAGGAGGUUAAAAAGGGAAAAAAAAAACAAAAAACAAGUUAUAAUAGAAAACUCACAAAUUGUAUUUACUCGAAAACCAAAGUUGAGCUUGAACACAAGUUUUGGUUGUGUCUGUGUCAACUGAGAAAAACAAGUCAAAUGGAAACGUCCUCUAUUUAACUGCCUUGAUUCCAAGUUUAGAAGCCAUAUACAUGGUCUGUGUGUGCGUGUGCGUGUGUAUUUGUGCACAUAUGCUUAUUAUUGUGUUUUAUCGAACGGGAGUGUAAUGCUUGCGUUUUUACGUCGUUUCGUGUCGAUAAAGGCAAUACUUCACUGCAUCGGGGUUGCACUGAGAGUUGAGACUUGAAUGCAAUGGGUCUUUUGCAGAACUCGUUUAAAUUAGCAGGCAAACCAAAAUAAUCAUGCUGUUUUCUGUGAUCCAUGUUGAUCUGUACAUGCAAUAUAAUUCUGCAAUAUCCUUGCCCUGCCUUUUAUAUGAAAGCUUCAUAUCGCGGCAUAAGCAAUUUUAUCAGCGUCAUUCAGAGAAUGUUUGAAACCUCAUCUUUUAAGGCACUGGAUAAGGUUGUGCAGCUUUCGCAAUAUGUUAUAAAAUUUGUCUUCGUUUUCUAAAGUCCAGCAGUACAUGUAAUUUGUCACUUUAUGUUUGUAAGGGUUUACGCAGUUGUGAAUUUCAGUGAUGAAAACGGGUUUUAUGGUCUUUGUUUAUUUAUUUAUUUAUUUAUUAUUGCUGGGAAGCACUGCAGUCACAAUAAAAUAAAAAAGUCACAAUUUUGAAAGUCAGUAAAGGUCAGAAAGGUUGGUAAAACUUAAGAAAUCGUAAUACUAAUACAAUAUAAAAUAAUAAAAAAAGAGUAUUAUCUAUAUAAUGUAAUAUCAUUGUAAAAAUAUAAUAUCUUAUAUAUCUAUUCAUUUAUAUUAUACAGUUUAACAGUGGCAUUUUAUAACAUUGCGUGUUCUCCCAUUGUCGCAAAAAUAGAUUCUGAUUUGCACAAAUGACUGAGUAUUUAAAACAUGCUGCAUAUUAAUGGCCUGUAAACAUAAUACAAAGUUCAUGUGUGGGCUCAGUUUGCAGGCCUGUGAGCGCUGGCUGAAUUGUUGAUUUGUUAAUUGAAUAGAUGUAAACUAUUGGGUUGAUUUAUGAACUUGUCUCUUUACAAGAAUGUAGUUCGUUUGUGUUUGUUUCAUUGUCAAUUGCUGCAGAUUUUUCUCACUUGAACUUUGAAAUUGUAAAUAUGACGCUGUAAAUUAUUUUAUGUGCAAACCCGGGCAGUAACCUAGGAAAAAAAUGAUUUUAGAAAAACAAAAAUGAGAUUGGUGCAUAAUGGGUUUUGAAUGUAUGCUGAAUGGCAUUAAUGAUGUGACCUGAAUAUUAACAACUGCCAUGUAAAUAGAUCAGUGAUAAUUCAUGCAAAAUGGAAAUUGUGUGUAUUUGCUGAUUGUUUGUAGCGAUCACGUCCUAGUUACUCUAAUCAGAUACGUCUAGAAUUCUUUUAUUUUUCUAAGUCUUGUUUCUCUGACGGUGGUCCAUAUGUGGAUUAUCGUAACACAAAGCACACUGUGUCCCAUUAUUGCCCUCUAUAGGACAGGUAUCACCACAUUCCCAGGAUGCACUAAAUUAUUUUUGAGAUUGAAAUAGGCAGCUUAAUCAAUUGAAACAAAACCAGCAAACAAAAGUUUAUCUUCAACAAGAUUCCCCGAAACAACAGUGUACUGAUUACUAUCGAUUGACUUUUGCACGCCUGCAUUUACACUGCUAACCAAUUCUGAUUUUAUCUAACUGAUAUGCACAGAUCAGAUCAUGUUGCAUACAUGUUUGUGAAAGAACACAUAUAGAACAGAUCAUAUUUUCUACAUCUGAUUUGGGUCGCUUUCAAAUGUGGUUCUGAAUCUGUGUUUGGUCAUCUGGUCGAAAUCUAAACACUUGUAUCCAAUGGUCUGAAAUCAUCACUUGCUUAGCUAAGGUUAGUGGGUUCAUUGGAAUUACUACAAUGCCUGUUGUGUAUUAAAGGUUUAGUUCACCCAAAAAUUCUGUCAUUAAUUACUCACCCUCAUGUCGUUCCAAACCGUAAGACUUUCAUUCAUCUUUAGAACACAAAUAAAGAGAGAUUUUUCUCCAUCCAUUCAAAAAGUUCAUAAAAGAAAUCCACAUGAAUUGAGCGGUUUAAUCCAAGUCGUCUGAAGAGACCCGAUCGCUUUAUAAGAUGAAUAGAUUUAAUUUAGGCUUUUAGAGUUUUGGGGGUAUAGACUUUCAAUGGAGGGACAGAAAUCUUCAUUUGUGGUCUGAAGAUGAAUGAAAGUCUUACUGGUUUGGAACAACAUAAGGGUGAAAAAUGUAAACAUUUUGGAUCUGUGCAUUAGGCUUUGCAGUGUAAAUGCAGCACAACACAGUGUCUACACUGGAAAUGCAUAUAUAUAUAUAUAUAAAAUAUGGUUUAAAUUAGAUGACCAGAUAACAGAAAUAUCACAAACUGGCUUUGAACACAUAAAUUGACUUUACUUUUAUGCAUUUGUCAGAUGUUUAAGGUAUACAUUUCCUUAGUUCAUGCAUUGUCUGGGAAUUGAACGCAUAACCUUGGUGUUGUAGCAUAAUGCUGUACUGUUUGAGCAACAGGAAAUUAACUCUUUCCCCGCCAGCAUUUUUUUUUUUUUCUCCAAAUUGACAGCCACCGCCAGCAUUUUUGAUCAUUUUCACAAAACUUUCAUGGCCCCCAGAAUAUUUUGUUGUAUGAACAGUGUUGGGGACAGUUACUUUUUAAAGUAAUGCAUUUCAAUAUUGCGUUACUCCCUAAAAAGGUAACUAAUUGCAUUACUUAGUUACUUUUUAUGAAAAGUAAUGCGUUACAUUACUUUUGUGUUACUUUUUCUCACCUGGGCUGGGCUUACUUGUUAGAUCUUUUUUUGUUGUUAUUAAAAAACAAUUUUUUUUGGCAGAUGUUAAGGCCUUUCCACAAAAAGUGAAAUAAAUAAGCCUAAAGAGGAAGGAAAUGCAUACUUGCGCCUGUACAGUAGAGGGCGCAGCUCAAACAAACCUUUCAGCUGUGCUGCCAUUCUGGAUUAAAGAAGAAUAGGAAACAGGAGAAGAAAGUUCAACACUCUUAUUUCUAAAUCUAAUCUAAAGUAAUUUUUGCUUUUUAGUAUUUUUGAAUUAGAUCAUUGAAGCAAAGACAUUGGUUAAUAAAGUGAGAUUAAAGGGGCUCUAUGUAAGUUUUUGACUGUACUAAAGCAUAAAAAUACCAUAAUAUGUUUGCAGAUAUUUAUUAAACAUGCUGAGUUCACAUACUCGUUUCUCUGAAAACCAUUGCUACAGCCAGUUAUUUUACUUUGAAAUUUGCGUUCCGUGUCGGAAUUUCUGUUUUUGUUUCCGUCUGUGCAAGACCGCACGUUGCCAAUAUACCCAAUAGUAUUUCGCCACCCCGGGUUGCCAGUUGGCGGAAAACACAUGCAGCGAAUUGCAGCCAUGGAAGCCAGCGAACAAACUGGGUCAGAGAUCACAGAUUCUAACCGACCUAAAAAGCCUCAGCAUCCAUCUAAAAUCUCUAUGAACGGGAGCAUAUUAAAACGCGAUAUCAACUCAUCAUAAAUCAAUAAAUCAACUAAUUAUCUUACAGUGUGUAAGUCACCUCGCCUUCCAAUGUUGCUCCUGUUGCGUGUCUUCAAACUGGCAACCCGCGAGAGCGUCGAUCCUGAGGAGGAGGGGGCGGGGCGAACAAUAUUUUGAAUUUGAACUGCAGUACCCAUUUCAACCACUAGCUGUCAUUCUUACAUAGAGCCCCUUUAAAUACAUAAAGUAUAUUUGUGUAAUUUAAUCUAGUUAAUUAUAACAGGAUUGCGUAGAAUUCUGAGUUUGCAUUUCACUGUUUUUAUUCAUUUUGAGGAAUACUGAAUGUUUUUGUGCAAGUGAGAUGAGUAAAUGCAUGCUCACAUUUAGUCUAGAACUACAAUAACCAUCAUGUUCACACAGCACCUCUGACCUUUAUUUCUCUCAACAUGAGGACAGAAGAGCUGUUAGUCAAUAAAUCUGAAAGUGAAAGUGAAAGUGAAACGUGAUGGCCAAGUAUGGUAACCCAUACUCGGAAUUUGUCCUCUGCAUUUAACCCAUCCAAGUUCGUGCACACACAUUAGGAGCAGAGUAGUGAGUAAAAGCUGAAAAAGCUACUUGCGUUACUUAUUUGAAUCAGUAACUUAGAUAUUUUGUUGUAAAUUGAAAAAGUAAUGCGUUACUUUACUAGUUAGUAAUCUGAUUACGUAACUCAAGUUACUUGUAUUGAGUUACCCCCAACACUGUGUAAAUAUGAACAUGCAAUAUAUCAAAAGAAAGAGCAGUCUCUGCUUUUGAACAGACAAAAAACAUUUUAUUCAAGCUUCAUGAAUUCUUUUUUUAUCAACACUUGAAUGUGGGUAAGUGUCAUUAAAAAAAAAAGCAACAUUUUGAACAAAAAGCUGAGAAAAAAGUUUUCGUCAAAGAGUUCGUCCACAUGGGAUUCAGAACAAUGAUUUCUUCCAUCAACUCCCCCAAAGCUUCACAGUCCUUUACCUCGUCCUGGGUCGACAUUUCAUGUGGGUCGACGCGAUAACUGCCGUGGGGGGUGCCGGAACGCGAUCACGAUUACUACCUGGGGGAACCCCCACUUGGACCGCGGGGCCACCUCCCGGAGAUUUGCUUAGGGCCCCCAAUAAUGUAAACACUCCCCUGUGAUCGUGUUAUAAGCAAUGCUUCUAUCGCUUGUUUCUGCUUCUUCUUCACUUGUGUUUUGAUCCAGAGAUUCUGUACUCUUUUGGAAAAAGUGUAAUGGCGCCCCCUACCAUAUCACAGUGAAAACAUGGAAUUGCUGAAAAAUUUCAUCAAUGGUGGGGAAAGAGUUAAAUUAAUUAAAAACAUUAUUUCAGACAGAGGGGGGAAAUAAAUGGUCUGUGCAGCAUGCCAGAAAUAGAAAAAGGGGCGUCUGUCAACUGAAGGCAUUGCAAACAGCUCUGUUGAUUAUAAUGGCAGUUUGGUUUUGAAAUUUAGCUACACGGCGCUCUCAUCUGGUGUAGACACGGUGCAAAGGCAUAAUUUCAAUCAGACCUAAAGAGCCCCAAUAAAGCCAACUGAACCUCCACACACAUCUCCUGUAACAUAAGAGUCUGAUGAUAUUAAUCUGAGAAAGGAAGCUAGGAAGUGACAGUCCGUCGACCAAAAGGCUCAAUGAAACUUUAUCACAGGUUUGCAAUGUAAUCUCUCUUAUUUGGUUUCCCAGUAAGCACAUUUAGUGCUGUUUGAUUUCCUGCGAAUAAACCUUUCGGUUCUGCUAGGGCUUUAUGUUCUUUCGCCCAAGGACACAAACUGUGUUUUUAUUUGUUUCAAAUGCAACAUCCACAACCGUUGGUCGAUAAGGAAGGGUAUGGCAGUGAAUGUAUGCGAAUAUCUAGACCGUUUUAUUUACAUAUGUACACACAUUUGCAUAUGUAAUGGUUUUAGCCCUAAUUAAGCUGCUGUCUGAUUGUUUGAAUGGAGAUCGCAGCCAAAUGUGAGUAUUUUAGCGUUGCUCUACAGCAGACUCAUAUAGUACCCGUUCACGCUCACCGCAGGCCUCGUCUGCCACUGCUGUUAAGUCAUCUGUGUGGAAAAUGUGACAGUUUUAUUCUGCUUUUCCAGCGCGGAAAGGCUGGCAGAUGUGAGCGAGGCAAUCUUCCCUGCAAGCGCUUGAAGGACAGGCGGACAGAUUGACUGAACAUUCCUCCAUAUUUCCCGGCAUCAAAUGUAAAUCAGGGUACUUUAUGUUUCUGUUAUGAGAAGUGUUUAUUUUUUCUCUCUCUGUCUGUCUGUUUAUUUUCUGUUUUGACAAUGUGCCCCAAUGCACAAUGUACUGUAAAUACCUAGUGCCUAGUAUAUCUAGUUUCCAAAUAGUCUAUUUUUAGUCGUAUGUGGCUCUACGAAAGACAAAAUGCAAAGUUUAUGUGUCUUUUCUUUUUUAUGAAGGGAAUGUUCACCCAAAAAUUGUUUUAAAGCACCUUCAUGCAGCUCUUUUCUGUACAAAGUUCAUCAUGACCAAGUUUAUCAAACUCCAAAUAAAAAAAAACAAAAACAUAAAAACAACCAAAAAAAUUGAUUUCUUACUCAGUAUUUUGUCUUGUUUUCCAGUAGAAAUAUCUGCACAUUCUUAAAUCAAUGUUAAGUCUUGUUUUUCCAAGAAAAAAGUAUCAAAAUGAAGUAAAAAAGAACGAAUAUCUUCCAAUAGGUUAGAAAAAUAAACUUAAUUCUUACCCCACUGACAGAUAUUUUUUAUUGAUUUAAGCAUAAACUCAAUUCAGACUUUUUAAUUUUGAACAAGAAUUUGCUUCUCAAGUAAACUUAUCUUGAUUUAAGAGUUUUUAGAUAUUUGUAAUGGAGAACAAGACAAAAUAUUACAUAUGAAAAUCAUUUUGUGCAGUAUAUGACGAUUUCAUGUCUUCUAAAGUCAGAUUCCAAUUUAGGCUGUUAUUUAUGAGUGAAUGAACUACUUUUUUGUCUUUUUUGAAGCUUGACAGACAUCGAUCUAUGAACUGCCGCUGUAUGAAUAAGCUGUGUGAAGAUUCUUCAAAAUUUCUCUUUUGUGCUCCAUGGAAAAAAAAAUAACAGUAUACAGAUUUGGAAUGCCAUAAGGGAGACUAAAUAGACAGCAUUUUUAUUUUUGGGUGAAUUAAUCCUUUUAACCUUGCAAUAUAUGUACAGUAGCUGCUAAUUAGUGUUAGUGAAACCAAUAACCCAGCAUAACCUCCUCGUGUGGGGAAACACGACUUGCACAUUUCUGUUUGUCUGGAACCCUGAGCUGCAUGUCUGUGUAUGGGACACUGAGUGAGAAGUUGUUUUGGAUCUACCAAAAGCCAGACUUUACUUUCACACAGUUCUGGUUUGAGGUUCUGGGGCUUUUGCUGUUGCAGAUCAUAGACAUCACAGCAGAUUUAAUGAUGAUGAGACUUUUUAGCACACAGGUUAUUUUUCAGGUUGUCCUAUUAGUGAUUUCGAGCACAAUUGCACAUAUAAACAGCAAAUGCAAUAAGAUGUUAAUAUCGCAACUGUAUCACAAUCCUUCUUGCAUAGUAUUUUUGUCUUGUUUUCUAUUAAAAAUGUCCAAAAAUGCUUAUAUCAAGAUACAAGAUAAGUCUUGUUUUCUGAGAAAAAAAAAAAAAUAAUCAAAAUUCACAGGGAAAACAAAAUUAUUUUUCUUAUCCAAUUGGCAGAUAUUUUUUCUUGUUUGCAACAUAAACUUGCUUAAUUUUGAUUAUUUUUUCAGUAAACAAGACUUAAUAUUUGAGGUCAUUUUGCUUCUUAUGUAUUUGUAUCUUGAUUUAAGAAUGUUUAGAUAUUUGUACAGGAAAACAGGACAAAAACACUGAGUAAGAAAAUCAUUUUGCUGUGUUGGGUUUCUAAUUUAUCAACAUUUUUAUUUUGAGGUAAACAUGAAAUGGCAUCUGCAAUGGAUUUUACUUCUAUAAUGUGACAUCCGAGCGCAACAGGAUAUUGGGAAUUGCUUGGAAUGGUCAAAAGUUCGGUUCACACCAGACAUGGAAAAUGAGUUUGGAGUGGAUUAUAAUGAACUCUCUCGAAAACCGAGACAUAAAGACGGUGAAUGGGAGAACAGCAGCAAAGCCUUGUUUUUGUGUCAUGUGGACCCAGUUCUGUUCAGAGACAUGAUUUUAUAUGUAAAGCCAGACAGUUUUUGUGUGAAUAUUCAUGUGGGAGCUUCCAGCUUUGUCAGUGUUAACAUAUCAUCAAAAAGGGUUUUAAAAAGAACAAACUGACUUUGAUAGUGCAUAUACAUCCGUAGUGCCGUGACUUCUCAAAGCUGUCUCACUCUGUCUUUAGUACCGUGUGUCUCUCUUUCUGUCCGCUGUCGUUUCCCAUACAAGCCAUCCAAUUAAACGUGGUUCAAUGAAACGUCAGAUUAGGCUGGUGUGGACUAAAUGGAUCCGGAUUUGUGUCUAUUUCUGCUGACCCAAACCCAGCGAAAGCUCUGAUGUGGCUAAUGCUGCUGUGUCCUCUGCCUGUUAUUCAAUUCAGCUCCAAAGGCUGUAUGGAAAAUCAAGUGAUAUUUGUUUGUCUCACUUACAAAAAUGUUCCGUGGCGGUACCAAGAUAUCAUAUACUAACGUCAUUCUGUUUUAAAAUAUACAGUAUAUACUAUGGUACUGAUUUAGCAUACCAUGGUAUAUAAUUGGUGCAAGCAGACAUCACAAAUUUGGUUAAAAAAAAUUAAAUUAUGAUUAUUUUAACUAUUGCAAUUAAGAUUUAUAUUUGUUAAAAAGACUCCCAAUUCUAUUUAGUUAGUUAUUUUUUUUAUUUUUAAAUUAUUUUAUGGUACAAUAUGGUAAGGCUGUGACUCAAAUAAAUAUAAGGGACUAAAUAAAUUUUCUUAUUGGGCCAAUAACGAUAACAUUAAAAAUGAACAUAUAUCGGCCGAUAUAUUGUGCAUCCCUAAUAUAUCCCUAAUAUAAGAAAUAAGAAUAUUAUUUAUGUAUAUAUUUAGCAUCCCAUAUAUAUAUAUAUAUAUGCAAUAUAUGGAAUGCACAAAAUAUCAGCCACCAUAUCGGUAUCGGCCGAUAUAUGUUCAUUUUUUAUGUUAUCGUUAUCGGCCAAAUAAGAAAAUUUGGCCGAUAUAUUAAAUCCGAUAAAUGAUGGAUUAUUUCCUUCAGCUGAGACACUUCAGAUGCACACUGUCCACCAUGAUGGUUUUGAAUUGCUUGAAAUAUGAUUGAAAUCACUUCAAAAAAAGAAAAUACAGUUAAGUGCAACAUGUGCAGCGCAAGUCUGUCAUAUAGGCUACAUAACAUUAUAAUGAGAACAUUAUAAUUGUGUGCUUGGGACAUGGCUUUUAAUGGUGACAUUUUUGUCUAAAUAAUCAGGCUCUCAAAAAUUAUAUACAAAUUUGGAUUUAGAAUUAUCGGCCAAUACAUCGGUUAUUGGCUUUCAAAUAUAAAGAAUUAUCGGUUUCGGUUAUCGGUUUCAUCCCUUUUGCACCGAUAUGAAAAUUUUGGCCGAAACCGAUAACCGAUAAUUCUUUAUUUAUAUAUAUAUAUAUAUAUAUAUAAAGGAUAUAUAAGGAUGCAGAAAAUUUAUAAUAUUUAAAAUUAUUUAAUUAUAGCAUGGUAUUAGUAUCACUUUUUGCAUGGUAUAUUUUUUGGGUAAAACUAUGAUUCUGUUCUGUAAGCGAUGAGUCUGGCUUUGCUGCUGUACUCCUGCUGAUAAUGUGCUGUAUUUUUGCGUGAGGAUGUGUGUUCUCUGCAAGAGCCCUGAGCUUUAAUCACUGUUUGCACUGUUUAUGUGUGAUUCCCUCCUCUGAAUGCACUCUCACUCACUCCAUUGUGCAGAUAUUAGUCAGCCGUCCCCUUUGAAGGUCACACGAGGUGCACUGGGCUAGAGCGGUUUUGGUCCAAUUGGCAGCAUGAUGAGUCCCUGGCACCCUCUCCGUCACUCCAUGUGCCAGAAUCAUUCCUGCAGCAGACCCAUCCCUCUUAGUAUUAAACCAUAAUGGUUCCAACUCCAAACGCUGCUUACGUCAUUCAGAGGGCUGCGACAGCUUUGUUCUGAUAACUGCCCAUAGUUCCAGCCUGUUUCACUGUGUUUACUCAACAGGACUGGAGGGAGAAAACAAAAUAGCAGCUCAUGAGACCUCCUGCAGAAGCGCAACAUCAUAAUCUGCUUGUCGUUUAUGACCUGUGGUGGUGUCGUGCCAAAUUCGACCUCUCAUCAAAAUACAGCGCCUGUUGAACCACUAACGGCAGCUGUGUAUCUGAUCAUGUAAAUACAGUCAUUCUUAAUACUUGACAUAUUAUCCCAUUCAGUAAAAAUAUGUUUCUGUCCAAAAUGUAUUUCAAAUAGAUGGCUAAAUACAUGCUAGAGACAGGGAAAGGAAGAGGGAAGGAAAAUAAAUUCAAUGUAUUAUCCAAUGUACUGCAAGGGACAAAAAAAAAAAAAAAAAAAAAGUCCAGUCUUAAAAUACAUUUUAGGUAAAUGCUAAAUGUUUAUAGAGGAGAAGAACACGUUUAAAGCGAUACUAUGAAACUAAUGGGAUUCUGCCAGCUGAUGUCUAUGACUGCAAUAUGCAAAGUCUCCUGCUUAUGAAUAUUACCCCUUUUCAGUAAUCUGAUACAUCAGUGACGAUGUUGUUGAAGCGUUCCUUACAAAUAUUGACUUGUUGUGCAAUAAAAAAUAACAUUGGCAUACAAAA